CGCCCCUAAGUGACGCUAGCCCACCAGACAAUCAAAUAUUUCUUCUUUUAUAACAUUUUUGUCUGAUUUCAAGACCGUCAGUCAGAGAUAGAUACAUUGAAAAGCCAUACUGAGGAACAUUCCAGGCAAAACAAUAAUUCCACAAAGACAAGCAGGUGCUGACCCUCCAACACAAAAUUUACAUACUGUGCGUACCUUAAAAAAGAAGUUUUUGAAAAUGGAAACGGGAUAUACCCCAAUUGAAGCUGCCCCUCCAUACCCAGGGCCACCACUGAAUUAUCCAGGUCAUGGACAGCCAGUCAUGUACCCACCACCACAUGGGGGACAUCAUGGAGGUUAUUCGUAUCCUUCAGCUCCAGUACUUCCUCCAUCAGUAGAUUUGAGGAUGGAAAAGGGAUUUGCUCCAAAUGAAUCUGCCCCUCCCUACCCUGGCCCAAUGAAUUAUCCAGGAGGCCAGCCAGCAAUGUAUCCACCUCCAUCAGUGGGCUACCAAGGUCCUCCUUACCAACAAGGUCCGGGUUAUGCACCAACUCCCAUACCUACUGCUACAGUGACUCACAUGGUGGUGAGCCCAAUGCUGCAGGAUGUCCCAGGACAAGCUAUAUGCCCCCAUUGCCAGCAGACUGUGACUACCUGCACAGAGCACACCUCCGGACUGCUGACCUGGCUCAUCUGUGGGGGAAUGGCCAUAUUGGGGUGCUUCAUCUGUUGCUGCAUUCCUUUCUGCAUUGACUCCUGUAAAGAUGUGGAGCACCGCUGCCCAAACUGCCAAAAAGUCAUCCAUGUUUACAAGAGGAUGUAAAGUGUCUAUAUAUCUAUAUAUGCCUAAAUAUAUGUCUGUGCCCAUUCAAUGUAGUAUAUUGUGUAUAAAGAAAUGGCAUUAGUAUUAAAGUAUAAUAACUAUCUUCUGGUUAUAUAAAGUACGACGGAGAAUAAGGGUCACUUAAAUAAAAAAGAAUUAUGCGGGCGCUAUACGAGAAAAAAGUCGUAAUAUUACAAGAAUAAAGUCUUAUUUUUAUGAGAGUAUAGGCUGCUGUGCGUGAAUGAGUGACCAGUGCGUUGUGUGUUAUGGAGAAUUUGGAGCAUUUUGUUCAGAUAAACUUUCAACUGGGGUUUACGCAUGAUGAAAUACUGUGUCUUUUAGCCCACCAUCACCACACUAUCAUCAGUAUAAGUACUUUGAAGGGACACUGCAAGAGUUUGAGUUUGUUUAGUCGCAGGAACCAUAUAGAUUUGAAAGAAAUUGCUAUAUCUGAACAAAAUGCUCCAAAUUCUUCAUAACGCACUAGUCACUCAUUCACACACAACAGCCAAUGUUCUCAUAAAAAUACAACUUUAUUCUCAUAAUAUUACGACUUUUUUCUCGUAAUAUUACGACUUUUUCUGGCUUCGACUUUAUUCUCGUAAAAUUAAGACUUUAAUGUCGAAAUGCUACGACU